UUCACAACACUGUGUAAAGUAAUGAUGAAAUACAUUCAGAAGAGCUGUAAUUGUGAAAAUAUAGCUAUAUAUUAUAAUAGUUAGGUCCUUUUAUAAAAAUCUGCAGAAAAAAUAUGAAGGAUUUUACAUAAGUAUAAGUUUACAAAACGGUGACAUCAUCAUCACUCGAAUCAACGACUUGCUUACUGCUGGAAUAAACCCUAACAUCAGCGAGAACCAUGACAUCCGUGGACCCGCCAAAAGCCUGGGUGACCAUCGAGACCGUGGUAUCAGAGAAACCAAUGUCCGCCGAUGACACACCAAGGUCAGCCGAUGAUAAAUCUAGGAGCGACGAGGAGAAAUCUAGGAGCGAUGAAGUAAACUGCAUGAGAGGUGAUGAGAAUCCGGCGAACGACAAUGAGGAAAGAGGACCCAUUGCGAAAGGUUCGAUAUCAGAGCAUGGCAUUUAUAGCAGUGAACAGUUUAUGACAGUAAAUAUAGAAGUGUCACAAGAUGAUGAACAGCUACACAAUAAAACACAUUUGGUCCUUGUGGUCGACAACAGUGGUUCCAUGGCUGGUAACCCUUGGAAACAGGUAAAAGAGUCUCUACAUGCAAUUAUCGACUCCAGCAUAGACAUGGCACAUUUCAAGACUGAUCUUAUUGUGUACAAUGCCACUGCAACUCAUGUUCAUUUUAUUAAAUCCAAUUAUAAAAAGACAAUAGAUGACCUUAAAGCAGGUGGAAUGACGAAUUUUGUUGCUGCUUUUGAAAAAGUGACUGAAAUAGUGUCAAAAACAGGUGCGGACUAUAAACAGACGGUGGUUGUUCUUCUAACCGAUGGACAAGACACAUGUAGCAACCAGGUGAAGCUGUCGGGCCUGAUCCCAAACCUGGAAAAAGGAUUAAAACGAUGUUCAAAACAAACAAUUGUUCAUGCUGUUGGUUUCUCUAAAGAGCACGACUUCCGGUUUCUGAAGAAAGUAGCAGAAAAAGGUGGAACCAGCCCGGGUAUGUUUCGAUAUUGUGAACCAGGUGAUGAAAAACAGGCUCUACAAGCUAAACUUGAUGAAUUAUUUGAUUUUAUUCUUGAAAGUGAUACACGGAAGGUGACAGUCGAGAUGGUAGGAGAUACGAAUUUCAUAAUUGGACCGGAUAAACGAUCCAAGUCUGCUUCUAUCGUCGCAAAAGUCGCAAAAGAUAAAGAAACACAUGAGAAAAUCAAAGGUAAAACAGAAAGAGAUGCGAAUUUACUGGUUGCAGAUGCUUGGAUAUACAAUAAUAACCCUAACCAACUUCCAGCCCUUUCACUUUUUCUUGAAUCCAGUAUAAGAGUAGAUGGUUCAACAAGGCGUGUAUCCAUCCCAUGUGAAAUUGUUAACAUGACGCACAAAUUGGUAGACAAAGUACCUGAAAAGACCCGAUGGAGACUGCGAAUACUUGAAAGAAAUGUUGACAAUUUAUUGAAUAAAACUGUCGAUGAUGUCGCAAAAAAAGAAGAUGUGUCAAAAUUGCAAGCAAGAGUUGAAAAGAUCCAAGAUAGUCUGUCUAAAACUAAAGUGUUUGGUAAUGGAAUCAAUAAAGCAGAUCGGCAGGAGAUGUUUGAACUUAUCAGAGAUGUUCAAACCAAUUUGGAUCAAGUACAAAAGAUGUUGGCAGAAUAUAUGAGGAGUGGCACAGAUUCUAUAUCACUGUUAGCAAGAGCUCACGAUAUGAGAUACCAGGCUGUGUUCAACAAAGGCAGACGACAGCGAAUCAUGGACAAACGGGCAUCUAAAAACAUGCAGCACGCUGCAAACGCCCAGAAACAUUUAAAUCAACUCGUUGUUAAUCAGGAGGAAAUCAGAAAUAUAUCCCAGGAUGCAAAUGAUUUCUAUUUUUGUGUAAUGUCCCAGAAUUCUGUACAAGAUAUUCUGUUAGGAGAUGAAGUAGAGGAUGCGAUUGGCUUUAGCUUAGCAGUAAUGAGAAGCGAACUUGUUCUUGAUGAACCAACAUUGAUACGACUUCAAGUUAUCAGUGGGACAUUAGUAAGCCGUAACGCCAUGCUAGACGCUCUUGAGUAUAAGAUCAAUGUUAGUUCCCACUUAAAAGCACAUGGUGGAUUCGAAUUUGAUGAGAGCUCUCUUGGUGUAACAACUGUUGGGUCAAGCAGGGAGCCAAUCAACGCCUGGCUUCCUCUGUACGUCACAGCGUCACAUUGGAACAGGAUAAAGGUGAUAUUGAAACCGGCACUUGGCUCAUUUUGUACACUAGAUCCUCUAGGAUAUCAUUUUAAGCAACUUGACGUGAUGUUUAUGGUACUUGGGUCUAUGAUCGGUCAACUGUCAGACCAGUCAAUUGGUGAACAUCAACUAAAAUUACUCUUUGCUGUAUUAAGAACAUGUGUAGCAUGUUUAGAAGACUUUGACAAGGUAUCUGAUGUGACGGCAGUCGUCAAAGAAUUUGUAGCUUCUCCUGCUGGUAGAACAAAAGAUAUCAUACCAAAUCUCCAUACUCUUAUUGGAUACAUCGUGGCACUGCCGGUAGAGAAACAGAAAGAAGUAUUCCCUGAUAAAGAAUCAUUAAAGCAAUUCUGGUUGGCAUUUUUAUCAGAAUGGUUACGACGGGCUGCUUCACCCUUGUAUAAAGACACUCCGUUAAAUGAAAUUAACGGAAUUAUUAACAGUUUGGUUAAUGUUGUCAGCAUGUCAGAAACAGAGAAAACAAAACUGCAACAGAAGCCUGUAUGCAAUUUUGCGAAAGAAUUGGAACGACUCUGCCUCCAAGAAACCAGCGGUAAUGUUGACAUCCCUCUGUUCGAUCCUGCCUCUGGUUUACAAGAUCUGGAAUCUAAAAUAGAACUUAAGCACUCUGAAAAGAUAGAUAAAGCAAUGGAAAUAUGGGCAGAGCAAAAAACCGGGCUUCAGAAGAAUCUUGAUCAGACGAAGAAAUAUAAAUCUGCGUUAAGUGUUGUACACAGCUGGGUAAACGACUCGAAUGUUAUUUCUACAAUAUCUGAACAUCUAGAGGGAAACGUUUGUGAUGGUGAAGUAGAAACUACAUAUUCUUCAGGUGAUUAUGAUCGUGACGAAGUACAGGAAGAAUUAGAAUGUCGUACAAGUAAAUCAGAAGAGCAAACUACGUCAUCUGAAGAAAGUUAUGAUGUCGAAAAUAUGACCGAAUAUACCCUACAAGUCAUAGCUAAGAUUCAUAAUAAACUUACUAAGUCCGCAUAUCCGGGCAUCACUUCUGUACCUAGUCUCAUGGCAUUUGUAAAUACAUGGUUGAACUGUGGACAUAACAUGACAGAAAUUGAUGCUAACAGUGGGAUAGCACCUGACAACUGGAUUGAAGAGAUCAAGUGUGCAGUAAUGGAUUCAUAUGUGAAGCUCAAAACAAACACAUUAGCAGAAAGAAAUGUAUCAUCAACUCAGUCGGACGUCACUGUUAUAGUAAUAGACGGAGAGCCUACUAACACUGAGCAAUUAGAAAAAGACAUCCCGUUCAGUGAAGAACAAACUGAAUACUACGAUGAAGAUGACGAUGAUGACAUGAACUAUGAUGACGAUGAUGACGAAGAUGGAUAUAUGGAAAUGAGUGCGCAAAGAGAGAAAAAUAAGAACAAAAACAAAAAAGAAAGAAGAAUUUGUCUUACACAGAUUAUCAAACUUGUCGAUAAUGAAGUUAACGUGGUGCAAUUGAUUCGUGCAAUGUUAUGUCAAGCUGUGCGGUUUCAUAGUAACAGUAGCGCACGUGUAGCUAUUGCUGAUAAGAAGAUGUUUGAUGUUAAAGAAGGGAACGAAGUGGUUUUGGAAAUAAUCAAAUUAAAUCACGAGUAUCUUGAUGAGUUCAAGAAAAGUGCAAGACAAAAUGCUGUAGACCGAGCAUUGUGGAAGAGAGCAAAUUACUGCAUGUUGAUGGCAACGUCACCUUGGGCGUUCGUUGGGUAUUUGAUGAAUACUCACAAAAGUCGACUAGAAGGCUUCAGUGAACUGGUAGAGUUAUUCAUAAAAUCUGUAUCUCCUGACACAGACCUACCUUUUGUGAAGGAAAAGGUACACAUUCUGUUGACAGGCAAGUACGAGACUUAUCCUGUUCUCGACAAUGGUAACCAAUGGCUGCCAGAGAAGAAAAUGGCUCGCAAUUUUAAGAACCUUCUCGGAGAAGAGGUAUGGACAGAGUUCGAGAUGGACCUUCGUUCGAAUGUACAAAUACAUAUUUAUCGGGAGUCAGAUAUUCCAAAUCGACAUGGUCACUGCAACUCGAAUCCACACAUACCAAACGCCCUUAGAAAGAAAUUAGGUAUGCCUAUGCUACCGGAGAAAAAGAAUGCAUAUAAGGCGGCAAGGAAGGGAAAACGAAGAUAGUGACAUCUAGGAAUGAUGAACAAAGAAUAGAUCUCGCAGUUUCCAAUAUUUAUACUUCUCCCUAGGAAUUUGUUUUUUCUAUAUUCUCUAUUUUGUAUCACGUAAUAUGUUAGUGUUUUUGUAUUUCAAACUGUAAUGACGAAGUAUUAUCUUUUAUUUGUUGAAUUUACAGCAAAUCCCAUUAAUAUUGAAAGCAAUAUAAGUUAUACAAAUAAAACUGGUAAUUUACAAUAAACUUAUUGUGUACGGAAGUAGCCAGAACUGCGAGAGGAUUAUAUAUUAUAUUACGGCAAACGAAGCUUGAAUAAUACUGGAGUCAGCAGCGUGUACCAUGGCCAUUCUAUAUACACGUCUGUGAUAACAGAAAAAUAUUUGAAUCCGUCUUCAAACAGAAAUUGUGGCUGUCGAUUUUUUUUUUAUUUACUUCAGAUGGUACAAAUGGAUUUGGGUCAAUAGAGAACAAAAGAACCACGUGCAUGUACAUACAAAAACUCACGUUUGACAUUGAAAAUAUUUUAUGUUACGUUUUAUUUUGAAUUCCUUUUGCAUUGUUAUGUUUUCUAAUAUUAUUAAGAACAUAUGUGAGGAUAACUUCAAAAUACUAGAAACUCAAGGAAAGAGGGUUUCAGAAACAAUGCCAUUUUGUUCUGUUCUCUGUAAGUCAUAGAAACUGACAACGCUCAGGAACUCAUUCAGUUAGAACAAUGUUAAACAUAUGAUAUCUGGAAAAAUUGUGAUCCCUCGAAUACAUUAAUAACAACAAAAUAACAUGAAAACUGCAGACUCGGUUUGAUUUAGUCUGUACAAGAGGAAUAAUGAAAUAGUACAACAUCGCAUAGACUUUAGCGGUACUCAAUGUGCUGAAAUUAAUGACCCCGGAGUGACAACACUGAAGUGAAGUACUCUGGUGUGCAUCCUUUUACCUAUGUUUGUAUAUAGAUUUAAAUAUGAACUGAAACCAUUAUUGUAUAAUACACCUUAAUUAUUAUAUUUAUGUGUUUUAAGUAAUACUUUAUUGAAUAACGCUAUGUUUAAUUGUAUUUUAUUCAAUUAAGAGCAAUUGUUAUUAUAUUUAUUAUUUUUUUAUGACUGUUCUGUAUCAUUUAAAGUAAAAAAAAUCUAUGUAUUUAUUUUUAUUAUGUGUUUCUUAACAAAAUGUUGUUAUGUUAUUGCAUAUCAUAUUUGUGUUAUAUACAUUUAUUUUGAUAAUCAUUUCAACAUAAAGGAUAUCUUUUGAUACUUUUUUGCACAUAAUCACUUGCGUAUUUUAAUUAAUCAACUUGAAGGUAUGGUAAACAUGAUUUUGUUUUAUACAACUAUUAAAGAAUGAUAAAACUAAAGAGCUGCAUCUGGAAUUGAAUCACGUAUAAGACGUAUUGGAUUACUUUUUGUCAAACAAUAUAUUACCUUUUUUCAAGAUGGGGCAACAUACUUUGGUUUAUACAGAAUUUAUUUUAGUUCGAUUGUGUAGGAAGUUAUUAGCUUAUAAACACACUUUCGAAUCCGUUCCUGGAACCAACCAGUACUGAGCAAUGAGUGUAAAGUUUCUUGCUCAAGGAAACAAUGACUUGCCCCUGUCAGGGUUUAAACCCAUGCGGCUAGCGAUCAUAAGAUUACUAGUCCGAAGCGUUAAUCACUCGGCCAUGCCGCAACAUACUUUGUUAAAAGAAGCAAAAAGUAUGCAUGUGCAUGAAACGUUUUAUUAAUAUAACAGAAAUAAAGAAAAUAAAAGUAUAUAUCAGACAUCAA